AUGGGGAAGAUAGAGAGCAAACAACCAGCCCCGGACAUUCCCAAGAAAAUCUCAACCUGGUGGGAGAGGCUACAGAAGAAGCCACCAGCUCCAAACAUGACCAUUCCAAACAUGAACUUUAACUUCCCAACCCUGUGGGGAAGGAGAGAGAGCAAGCUACCAGACCCAGACAUACCCAGUAUAUUCUCCACUCUGUGGAGAACCCCCAACAACCCCAACGAUUUUGUCCCUCUAUUCACUGACUGUGUGGGGAUAGCUGCAGCUAGGACACAGGAGUACCUCCUGUUCCUGGACCCAGAGGACAAGUUCCAGCCUAGCCCGUCAGCCCUCAAUGAUAUCUUUCUAAUGACCUACAUCACCCAGAGCAGCCACCUCCACAUGACCGACUCCUUCAACUGCACCACCAUGACCAAGCAGCAGCGCAUCCUCCUUGGUGCUGACUGGGUGUGGGCUGUGCUGGAGAGGCCCACCAAGAACCCCCGCAUCCAGAUCGCGGUGCAGAUCCUGCACCUGCCCGAGAGGGGGGGAGGGCCAGCCGAGGACGUCCCCCCGGAGGUAUACACUGAAUCCAUGCAGAUGGCCAAGAUGGAGUCUGCUCAUAAGAACAAGGCAGAGAGGAUGGUAGAUUUCUGUGCCUCCAUCGGUAAUGACUGCUACGCCCUCUUUCUCCUCUUCGGCCGCAAGGGCGACCCGGGCAACAUCUACGGAGUGCUGAGCAACAACUUUCACGCUGCUAUAGGGAAGACUAAGAUCAACCGUGCACUCAUUGAGAAUUUCUUUAAAGGAUCCAGGUACUUACACACACCCACUGGAAUGCUACAGGCUAUUGUCACCAAGAGAGAUUCUGACCCUUUAACUUUGCUCAUCAAGUUUACCUGACCAGUGUGAUCGAUGACAGAGCAGCCAUAUGGGACCUUUCAGAUUACUCUGUUUACUGUAGUGUUUCACAUGGGAGGAUGGACUGUUGUGAUUGGUGGGUUUAUGCUUGCCUGGGAUUUGGGGACCGAGUGUGCUGAAAUUGGCCUGUGUCCAUAUCUCGUUUGUGGACUACUGACCCAUGCCUGCUGACAGCUGCUCACACCCCUGUGGUUAGUAUUUCUGUUAGAGCUCUAUUCAAUCAGAUCCGCUUUAGCCGACAUCCACAUAGUGGUUCUUUUGGCAGUGUCGGAGAUUAAACUGCAUUAGAGCUGUCAAAUCCAAAAGCGGCUCCUGACAUUAUACCGAAAGCGAACAUUGCUAUUGGCUGCGCAGAGUCACAUUAACAGAAAUCCCACGCAGCCUUGUUUACAAGUUGGAACACUGGAAUGUGAGACGGAAUCUACAUCUCCAUUAAGAUGAUAGAAACCCUCAUUAUUUAGUUGAAUGAUUUUCAAUUUGAGCAUCAUUAUUUCUACAUAGCCUACACUUUCUCCUUCUGAACUUCUAACGAAAGUGGGACGGGUGUGGCUUUGUGACAAAGAUCAAGAGCAGCUGCUCACCGAUUUGACAGCUCCAAUGCAGUUACACCUCCGACACAGCCAAAACAUCAGCCAUUCAGGUGUCGGUUAUUGCCAGUUAACACAUGAUCUGAUUGAAUCUAGGCCUUAAUGGACUUAACACUUCACUGGCAUUGCACUAAUGUGGAAAUUCACACAAACGACCUGUCUGCUGUCACUACUCAUUGAUAUUAAAACCUCUGUACAGCUUAUGUUGACAUGGAAACUAUGAUUUGCCACAAAAUAUGUUUGUAUUUUCAAGGAUGGACUUUACGACUGAACACAUUGUGAUAGAUUCACCCAAAACCUUAUUCUAAGUUCAUUUGAUUAAGGUGGAUUGUUCUCUUAAAGUUGAGUCAAAGUAGAAAAUAACAGGAUGGGGAGUUCAAAAAUAAAUUAUUAUAUAUUU